GUUGCAUUAAUCGGAAUGAGAGGUACGCAUGCAUCAACUGUGACGUCCCCAGCCAGCGUCAGUCUGCUGCUGCCUCGGCCUGGCCCGUCCAAGAUGUUGCGGUCUGCGGUGCUGCUGCUCGGAGUCGUCGUGUUGUGCCGGGCGGAGUUCACUCCACCGACCCUGAACAUCAACCUGGAUGAGGCUCCGGAGAAGCGAUGGCUGCCUCUGGUCAAGGUCUUUGACGUUGACUUUCUGAGAAAAGCCGCCGCCGAGGUCAUUGAUUCUACAAUACCAAAAUGGGUGCAUGAAGCAGUUAAACCUGUUGUGGCGGCCUUGGACAAAUACAUUCCUCAGCCCUAUGCGGGGGAGAUUCGCGGCAUGGCCUCACAACUGGGAAGUCUCUCAGAUGUCAUCCUUAUCAACUUUGCCUACGAAGUAUCUGCAUUUUGCACUAGCAUCGUAGCUCAGGACAAAAAUGGGCACGUGUACCAUGGCAGGAACCUUGAUUAUCCACAUCCUGUUCUGAGGAAUCUGACUGUCAACCUAGUUUUCCUCAAGAAUGGAGAGGUGGCAUAUCAAGGAACUUCAUUUGCUGGCUACGUUGGCCUGUGGACAGGACAGAGUCCAAAUAAGUUUACCAUCUCUGGUGACCAGCGAGGCACUGAGCACUGGUGGAACUGGUGGAAGAAUGUGGUGUCUGCCCUCCUCUUGCGGCGAUCGCCAGUGAGCUGGUUGGUGCGGGAGACGCUGGAGGUUGCAGAGGACUUUCAGGAUGCAGUGAUGCGUCUCUCCAAAAUCCCCAUCAUCACCGGAGUGUAUUACAUUGUUGGUGGUGUGAGAGCAGGGGAAGGGGUUGUCAUCACCAGAGACCGGGCGGGCCCUGCUGACAUCUGGCCACUCAACCCCGUGAAUGGAGAAUGGUAUAGAGUGGAGACAAACUAUGACCACUGGCUUCCUCCCCCAACCAGAGAUCACAGAAAGGAAGCAGCCUGCAAAGCAUUAAAUGCUACUGGCCAAGAUCACAUCAACAUGGAGACACUUUAUCAGGUUUUGUCGCUGUAUCCAGUGUGUAAUAGCAUUACUGUUUACACAACCACGAUGAGUGCAGCAACCCCCAAGAAGUACAAUACACUUGUCCGGCCGCAGGGCUGCAGAGUGAACUGACCGGCACUGAGCCAUCAACAACAUAAAGAUUUUUGCUGCAGUGUCCAGGUGGAGAUUCUAUAUUAAAUGAAUGGGUGUAUGGAAGAAAAUUGCUCUCAAAACAUUUUAGGGUGUGUUUUCUGCUUCUGAUUAAACAAAACUUGUAAUCAUUCCUCUCACCUUAUGUGCCUUAAAUUUUGUAUGUCAAGCUCAAUAAAGUCUUGGUUACCUUAAA